AGAAAAGCAGCCUCACCACUGGCUUAAGCUGUGUGCUGAGAGGGAGGGACUAAAUGUAAUCUGAGAAGCAGCUUGGUAAAUAGGCUGAAGCUGCAGCAAGACGACUCUCCUUUUAUGGCAGCUCCUCGGCACAUAUGCAGAUGUUUGCAGCCUGUGUUUUUUUUUCACUUUUGAUUCCUGCAUUGUUUGCUUGAAUAGAAACCAGUUUGCUUUGCCUGAAGGUUCCUAAUGAAACUUUGAGAACCUAGCCAGUGCAUUCAUGUUUAGACUCGCAGAGGAGAAGAGAGGGUCAGGAAAGUGCCGGGAUUGUUACAAGUAAUGGAGCCAGUCCUCCCACUUACACCACCCUUAAGGGAAUGGGAUUAGUGAACACCGCUUUCCCACCUGAUGCCCUUCUGAAGCUACGCUAUGGUAAUCUUGGUAUUUGUCACACGCGCUAUUCAACCACAGGGAUCUCGGAGCUGCAGAACUGUCAACCCUUUGUGGUGGAUACACUGCAUGGCAAGAUCGCUGUGGCGCACAAUGGCGAGCUGGUUAAUGCUCAUGCCCUGCGGAAAAAGGUGAUGCGCCAUGGAGUUGGCCUGUCCACCUGUUCAGACAGUGAGCUCAUCACCCAGCUGCUGGCUUUGAACCCGCCACUGGAGGAGCAGGACGCACCAGACUGGGUUGCAAGAAUUAAAAACCUCAUGACUGAAACCCCUACGUCCUACUCGCUGUUGGUGAUGUUCAAAGAUGUCAUCUAUGCAGUGCGUGACCCUUAUGGAAAUCGACCACUCUGCAUAGGACGACUUGUUCCAAUCUCUAAAUUACACAGCACAGGUGCUGAAGAGGAGGACACUGAGGGCUGGGUUGUGUCAUCUGAGUCCUGCAGCUUUCAGUCCAUUGGUGCGAAGUAUUACAGAGAAGUCCUACCAGGAGAGAUAGUCCAGAUAUCCAAACAUGGAGUCAAGUCAUUGAGUGUUGUUCCUCGCCCUGAGGGAGACCUACCUGCCUUCUGUAUAUUUGAAUAUGUUUAUUUUGCUCGACCAGACUCUAUUUUUGAAGGUCAGAUGGUCUACACCGUCAGGCAGCGCUGCGGUCGGCAGUUGGCCAUUGAAGCGCCUACAGAUGCAGAUGUGGUCAGCACUGUGCCAGAGUCUGCUACCCCAGCUGCCCUGGGCUACGCUCAGCAGUCUGGACUUCCCUACAUAGAGGUUUUAUGUAAGAACCGAUAUGUUGGGAGAACAUUCAUUCAGCCAAAUACUCGACUGAGGCAGCUUGGAGUUGCAAAGAAGUUUGGGGCGUUGACGGACAACUUUGCAGGGAAACGAGUGGUACUAAUUGAUGACUCCAUCGUCAGAGGCAACACCAUCUCUCCCAUUAUUAAACUGCUCAAGGAAGCAGGCGCAACAGAGGUCCAUAUUAGAGUUGCCUCCCCUCCUCUCAGGUUUCCAUGUUACAUGGGCAUCAAUAUUCCAACCAAAGAAGAACUUAUUGCCAACAAACCAGAGUUUCAAAACAUUGCUGGAUAUAUUGGCGCUGCCAGUGUACAGUAUUUGACCGUAGAAGGUCUGGUAUCAGCUGUCCAGCAAGGGAUUGCAUCCCACCAGGACGACGAGAGGAUCGGCUCCAGUAGCAAGUCCAGCAAGCCAGUGGGCCAUUGCACUGCUUGUUUAACUGGGAAAUACCCAGUAGAGCUGGAGUGGUAACAUAAUCAGCCCUCAUUAUAGCAGCAAUUUGCUUACAUGAUGUUACAAUCAUGAAAUUAACUGAAAUGCACUGUUAAAUUACACACAUGCAGCAGCUUGCGACCUCAUUUGUGCUGUAUUGCUUUACCAUCACCAACCUCUAGUGGCAGAUGUUUGCUAUAACGGAGGCAUGUUACUGCAGAUUUCGUCUCACUGAUGUAAGGUUACUUUGUAUAUAACUUGUUUCAGUCCAAAAAUGAAAUAGAAAACAUGAGCAUUCAUAAAUGCACAAGACUAGUGACCAAAAACUGAAGCUUUUUACUUUCUAGUUUAAAGACAUUCUUUUACCUUUAAAAUUAACUGUUAUGUUUUGGAUUCAACCAUUGUUUUUUUUGUUAAGUUGAAGCAUUAAGAAUAAAUCAGUGCAAUUACACAACUUUGUUUUUUGUUUGAGAAACAAACAACUGGGUUUUAUUUUAAUGAUUCACAAAUACUGAGCUAACAAACGCAUAACCAGCCUCCACAGGACUAAAACAAAAACACAAACUAAAUAAACGAGCGCUUAAAUUUAACACCUUAA